GGCACACAGCCUCCCCUGCCCAAUAGCAAAGCGCUGUAACAUCUGGGGACAGAGCAACAUUUCUUUGCAACCUCUCACGUGACUCGCUGGGGAGGAAGGCUGAGGGGCUUGUGAUCACAGCCUGCAGUGGGUCAUUUGCAACUUGCAGCUGCAUUCCCAGGGCUGCCUGGGCGAUAGACUCUCAGCAACAGCUGGACCAGAGAAUGGGCUUCCAGGCUGCCUGCUGUUUCGUGCUGCUGCUUUGCACAGGAGGGUCACUCAGCAAACCCACUCUCCGGAAGGAGAGGGUCGUUCAUCCAGACCCUCCGCUCAGCGAUCAGCUGCACGAAGAUAACCAAAGCUUCCAAUAUGACCAUGAGGCUUUUCUGGGCAAGGAGGAAGCUACGACUUUCGAUCAGCUCACCCCAGAAGAAAGCAAAGAGAAGCUAGGGAAAAUUGUUGAUAGAAUAGACGAUAACAAAGAUGGCUACGUCACAACAGAGGAACUGAAAAACUGGAUUAAGCGAGUGCAGAAACGCUAUAUCUAUGAAAAUGUGGCUAAAGUCUGGAGAGAUUAUGAUGUAAACAAGGAUAACAAAAUAUCCUGGGAAGAAUACAAACAAGCCACGUAUGGUUAUUAUCUAGAAAACCCAGAAGAAUUUCAAGAUGCGACUGAUCAACACAGUUUUAAGAAAAUGCUGCCCAGGGAUGAAAGGCGAUUCAAAACUGCAGACCUGGAUGGAGACUCAACUGCCACUCGUGAGGAGUUCACGGCCUUUCUUCAUCCAGAGGAGUUUGAGCAUAUGAAAGACAUUGUUGUCUUAGAAACACUGGAGGACAUAGACAAAAAUGAGGAUGGUUUUGUGGAUCAAGAUGAGUACAUUGCUGAUAUGUUUUCACAUGAGGAAGGUGGACCCGAACCUGACUGGGUAAUUACUGAGCGUGAGCAGUUUUCAGAUUUUCGAGAUAUAAACAAGGAUGGGAAGUUGGAUAAAGAGGAGAUUCGGCACUGGAUUCUCCCACAAGACUAUGAUCACGCACAAGCUGAAGCCAGGCACUUAGUCUAUGAAUCCGACGUAGACAAGGAUCAAAAGUUAACCAAAGACGAGAUUCUAGAGAACUGGAACAUGUUUGUUGGCAGCCAAGCUACCAAUUAUGGGGAAGAUCUCACAAAAAAUCACGAUGAACUAUGAUAUUUUUUACAACUCAGUGUGCCACAGACUGUUCAGUUUCUUACCACAUUAAUGACAUGACUGUGGUUUUUUUCCAGCUGAAUAACUUGCACCAAUAUGUUUUUAACAUAGCAGCUUAUUACCUCAGAAACGGGGUAGAAAUAGCCUCUUACUCUGCACCAUUAAAUGCAAGAGCUAGUCACUAUGAUUUUAUUUAAAAAAAACCCUCACUGUUCUGAAUAGAUUGCAGUAUCACUUUGGGAAUGAAUGUCUAAGACUUAGUUCUUAGGCUCAUUAGAAGUUGUUCAUAUUUUCUUUAAAUGCCGUUGUUUUUUCUGUAGGGAAAUGCAGUUUUGAUCAGGAAGAAACUUAUUGAAUGUUUAAACAGAUUCCAAGUUUAGUGUUUUUUUUUUAAAUAGUAACUAAGAAUUUAGAACCAUAUUCUCCCUUUCCCAUGUAAAGGAGAGAUCUUACCUGAUAAGAGCCAUCGCCUUUUUUCCUCCAUGCUGCAGUCUUUCCUCCUGGUUGGGUCCAGAAGUGCUGAAUGAAUAAGACCUCUUGGAAUAUAGGCAUGUGCACCAGCCCUAUGGAUCUUAACCAUUUGAGCGCAACACCUACAACUACUCACUGCCCCCAAUUCCCUUUCACUAAUCAGAAGUAGCACAUCUGUCACACUGGCUGUCACCCCAAGGUUGUUCUUUGAUGAGGACAAUAAAGUCCAUGUUGACAAUUACUACUACUAACAGCAGAAGUAAUAUGGGAUGGUUGGUGGGCUGUUGGUUAUGCUGUUUCCUGAGAAUAAUUAUGGCACAUGGACCUGUUUUCCAACUCAUCCCACACUUUGUAUGAGUUACACACUCCACUUUUAUCAUGGAGGGCCUUUGCUGACUCAUUCAUGUCACAUGGAAAAGAAAUGAGACAUGUACCCUCUGGACCCUUCUUGAGAUUAUGGGCCUUCUGUUCUCCUCUGUGCUGCAUCAGGGAUGCAUGUGGUUUAAAGUGCUGGUUUGUAUAUAUACACACAUUUAUAUCACCAAAUUGUACCAUAGAUGGAUGGUUUUCCUUCAGAACAGUAAACCUUCCAUAUGGCUGAAUUUUUUACUGUAUAAUAUGAGCUGUUCUUUUUUAUAUACACGUGUGUGGGUUUUUUAGCUCCUUUACUGUGUUGACAUGCACAAUAAAACCAUGACGUUCUUUUUGAUACUAUGAACGUGCAGAAAUGUUAGAGGAGUCAUAUGGGAGGGGGAAGUAAAGACAGGAACCAACAGCAAGCUUUUAAACAGUAGCUCCCAAAACUGUGGUCUCCGGACCAUAGGUAGACCACGAAGCACUUGCUGGUGGCCCACAGAGAGCUAGCUGGGCACAUGCCAUGGUUCCUUCUUAUCUCCAACUGAUAAAUCACACCAAAGGAAGAUAAAAAUAUGUUAUGUUCCAUGUAAAGAAUGGAUCACCCCUGGCAGGGGAGGCAUCCACAAGACAUUCCCUUUAGGAUGUGUGCUCCAUGUUCUGAAAAAAGCUUGAGAACCCCCAUUUUAAACACUGAGCAGGGUCAUUCUGCUGGUGACUUCACACUUGGGGAUAUUAUUUUUGGAUGCAAAUUAAUUUCAAGACCAGCUAAAAAAUUAAAAAGUGAUAAUCUAGGCCAGAGGGAAAAAAUCCUUAAAAAUACAUUUCUACUUGGAAAAGUGACUAAUAGUGACUGUGUAAAAAUGGCACCAUUUUAUUCAAUGCUGCAUAGGCCUUGUUCUAAUCCUCUGCAUGAGGUUGAAUUUCUCCCCCUGUGCAUAUUCUGAAUUAUAUCUGCAGAGUUAAAACAACAAAGAAAAGUUGUGCUCCUUUUUACUCCAGUUGGCAAUGCAGAGUCAAUGCAGCUAUGGGAGAAUGAGCUGGAGUCUGUUCUGAUUUAUGCCUUAUCAGUCAACAGAAUUGUCAAUUAAGUUCCAAAUGUAAGCUCAAAUUCUUUCUUCAGUUAUAACUAUGUGACUCCAAGGUAUACAAGGCAUGCAUGGGUAUCACUGGGGGUAUAAUCUGCCUUGCCUAGUCAUACACUGGUAAUAAUACAGUGAGCCAGAAAGAACACAGCUUUUAUCUCUGACAGAUCGUGUGUGUUUUUUCUGUUUGGUUGGGUUUUUUGGUUUUUUUGUAAACUGAGCAGAUUUGUUCUGGAAAUUGCUGAAAAGGCAACCCUGGAACCACCUCUUCCAUAAACAAUGUCAUUUUUACAGGGUCACUUUUCAGAGAACAAGUGCACUUUAGGUCAUCCUCUGUUUCAAUUCAAACUAGAUUCCAUCUAGUUUCGGCUAGUAUAGAUAAUUUUGAUAACGUGUUGUAACUUGGUUUCUACCUUACUAUGACAUUGCCUAAAAUGUCUGUUAAAACCUCUGCUUCUUACACUAAAAUGCAGUAGGACAAAAUGUGAUAAGCCACAAGCAAACACUUUUGUCUCUGCUCUUCCAGUACCCAUGAGUUCAAAGUGAUGCUUCAAUGCAAUGUUAUCUGUGAAACAAUAAAACUGUGUCUUGGCACAGAAACAGAA